GCCUGUGAUAGGUACUUGGAAGUUGGCACUAGAGAAGAAGACUGCCCGGCAAUAGACAGUUUCAGCAUGAGGACGGAGGAGAGAAGAUACACCCAAUAGGCUGUAGUCAUAAAUUUGGCUGUUUGCAGCUGCCUGUGCUAAGUAUGUCGUGAGAAGAACUCGGAAGUGGUGGUGUUAAUGAAGGAGAACACUCACCUUCGCAGCGAAUUCAAAGAUCUUAAAGAUGAAUUUUCUCUCCUGCGUAAUCCGGUAAAACGUGGUGUUGAAGAUGCUACGGAAAGCAGUCCACCGGAGGCUCCGGUGAGGGCAAAGCCGAAAGCCGAUGUCCAAACUGGCACCAUGUAUACUCCAAAGGAUAUGGAGGGUCUCUACAAGGCGUAUAAGGAUGCUCUGGCUGGCAAGGAAAUGGCCUUGCGUGAGGCCGAAUGUUUGAAGGAAAGAAUGGCAAAGGUAAGCGCGUCCAAGAUCCGAUUGGCUCAGCGAAGAUCCGUUGCGGCAAGAAAGACAACUCCAAGGAAUUUAAAAACCACCUUGGAGGCCGUUGAUGUCGAUAGCGACGAGGGCGAAGGCAACCUUCAGCGGAACAAACGCCGCGGCACGGUGGACAGUGCUCACGAACUUGAGCAGGCCAAGCUCCAGGAAUUCAGGGAGAAACGGCUGAAGGAGCUGAGAACAGGCAAGAAACAGGAGCUUGAGGAGCUUUGCAAGGAGGAGGGCGUUACCUAUAUCAGGUUGGAUCAGGCAAAGACAGACAUCGCGGAGAUACGUGCACGACGCGAUUUUGACGAAUGGUUCAAGACCAAAUCAUUACCUGUCGAUGAUGAUGAUCAGCGGUAUUCUACCUCGGUUGAAGAUACUAACGAGGCCUAGGGGGACUCCCUGAGCGCAUCCUACGUCUGGAGUCUUGCCCUUCUUCUUCGGGAUUAUCGAGGUUUGUUUGGUAAUGAGGAGCCAAUUCGGAUGUUGUAUGUGACUGCGACUCUUUGGAUAAACGGUUCCCACAUAC